CCCUGGAAAGAGGAGGGAGGGAGAGGAGAUCGAAGCGGGGAAUCGCUCUGAACUUCACUCUUCGUCCGCUCGUUAAGCCCAUUCUUUCCUGAGGGGAGGGGCCAGGCAGUUCCCCUCUGGAGCCGCCCAAGUCCUCUCGCGUUCCAAGCGGAGCGAUGGUCCCCCCGGGUGCGAUCCAAAGUUCCUGAAACGCUGCAAGAGGGAGAAGGAGCAGGAGUUUUCUGUAAACUUUAUUCGGAGAAAGAGGGGAAGUCCGCCUCAGUCGUCCGCAGCGGCAACAGUAGCAGGAGGAAGACGCCAACCGGGACGAGUUUCCCCCAAGAUGGGCCUUCUGGAGCUGCUCCCGCCCUCUCACACCUAUGGCCUGGCGCUCGUUACUGCCCUGGCGCUGUGGGUGUUGUGUGCGUUCUGCAGGAGGAGAAGACGACCAGGAGAGCCUCCCUUAGUGAAUGGCUGGAUUCCUUUCUUGGGAGUAGCCCUGAAUUUUCGAAACAAUGCUUCUAAGCUUUUGUUGUCCUUGCAGCAAAAACAUGGAGAUGUUUUCACCGUACUUCUGGCUGGCAGAUACAUUACGUUUAUAAUAGACCCUCUGCAGUAUGUUUCUUUGACCAAGCUUAACAAGUAUCUGGAAUUUGAAGAGUUUGCUGAUAACAUAUCAUCCCGAAUAUUCAACUACCCAUCCAUUCUAAAGGGAAAUUUCCCAGAUUUAAGUGAAAAUGUGCACAGGAACUAUCAAUACCUUAAAGGCAAAUCAUUGGAUGCUCUCUCUGACAGCAUGAUAAAAAAUCUUCAAUGUAUAUUUAAAAAAAGGUUUUCACAAGCAACAGAUUGGGAAACUGAGAAAAUGAACAAGUUCUGCUUCUCUGUAAUGUUCGAAGCCAGUUUUAUAACACUGUAUGGAAGAGAUCCUAGUGCAGAUGGCCACAAUGUUGUUGAUGCAAUUGGAGACAAAUUUACCAAGUUUGAUGCCAAUUUUUCCUAUUUAGCUGCAAACAUACCAAUUGAAUUGUUAGGCUCUACCAAGAGGAUCCGGGAAGAACUCAUCCAUUAUUUUUUACCCAACAACACAUCAAAAUUGCUGGGAGUUUCUGAAGUGAUCCAAGCCAGAAAAGAUUUGUUCGAGAUGUAUGAGGUGCUUGGAGACUAUGACAAAGCAGCACAUCAUUUUACCUUCAUGUGGGCCUCUGUGGGAAACACGAUUCCAGCUAUAUUCUGGACCACGUAUUAUCUUCUGCGACACCCAGAAGCUCUUGCAGUGGUGCGUGACGAAAUUGACCAUUUGCUGCAGUCAACAGGUCAAGAGACGGGGCUUGGAUACAGCAUCCGCCUCACCAGAGAACAAUUGGACAACCUGGUCUAUCUAGAGAGUGCUUUAAAUGAGAGUUUACGACUGUGCUCAUCUUCCAUGAACAUCCGCAUCGCCAAGGAAGAUUUUGCUUUCAAGCUUGAAGGGAAUCAGGAAGUCAGUUUGAGAAAAGGAGAUUUCAUAGUAAUUUAUCCUCCGAUUCUGCACAUGGACCCCGAGGUCUAUGAAGAUCCUAAGAAAUACAAGUUUGACCGUUAUGUAGAAAAUGGAAAGAAGAAGACCACCUUCUACAAACAGGGGAAGAAGCUGAAAUACUUUCUGAUGCCUUUUGGCUCUGGAAGCAGCAUCUGUCCUGGCAGGUUCUUUGCGAUGAUUGAAAUCAAGCAGUUUCUGGUUUUAUUGUUGACUUAUUUUGAUAUUGAAGUAGUUGGAGAGAAAGAAGUUGGCCAUGACAAAAGUCGACUGGGCCUUGGUAUCCUCUUGCCAGACUCUGAUAUUGAUUUUCGGUACAGGCUAAGGCCUGCUCCAAAGGCUAGGCCACCUCCAUCCUCAGAGGCAAGAUGCCUCUAAAUACGUCACAGGGGAGCAAUAGCAGGAGAGAGGGAAUGACCCUCACCUCUUGCCUGUGAGCUUCCCAGAGGCAUCUGGUGGAGGCCACUAUGUAACAGGAUGCUUGACUAGAUGGACCUGAUCCAGCAGGGCAGUUAUUAUGUUCUUAAUACAGGGAUUCAGUUGUUAACAUUAAGUGUCCUCAAAUGUGUUCUGUCUUUAAAAAUAAAUACAUGAUUAAAUGCA